AUGACGAAGCAUGCAAGGACGUCCGAAAAAGCGAUGCUAGAGCAUCCGUCUCGACGUCUCCUGCAUCACUGUGAUUCAACGACGCUGAACAAUGCGGAAACCUCCUUUGCAGAGACGCCGACGGUCCUCUCGGCUAUGAAUCGUACUGCGUACUGCCCAACUAAAAAAACAUGUACACAGGUGGCAGAUUGAGAAAGGGCCUUCUUAUUGUUUUUUUUUGUUCAAUUUGCAGUCCACUGUUCUUUUUUUAAUCGAAAACUUUUUUAUAGCUGAAAUUUUUUUCUAUAAUUUAUUUUUUUCACGCGCUAUUAAUUUCGAAAGACGUUUGAGGGCGGAGCCCUGCUUUAUUUGAGAAUAAUUGAAAAAAAUGUUUGACGUGACAAUUUUAUUAAUCUAUUCCUUGAAAUUUUAAAAAUUGAAGCGAAAUUUUUCAGAGAAAGCAAAAUCAGUGGUUUUUUUUUGAAAUUAUUUUUGAAUUGAAAAAAAGAUCACAUAGAAGACGUUUUUACUCCUGAGAGGAGAAAGGCAUCGAUUUUAAGAAGGAAAGAAGCUUGAAAUUCGAUUUCCAAUAUUUUCUGAACACAUGGAAUUCACAGCUACCGAUAUUCUUUUGGCCGUAUUUCUCGCACUUUUAGUGACGCCGCCGCUUAAUCCUGAUCCGAUCUGGAUAUUUGAAAACACCUCAACCUGAGACGACAAAAUUGGGAGGUCAGACAACUUGGUUCUCGCAUGGAUUAGCGCCGGGCAAUUGUGUCUGACCGACCUGUGGAGGAUGGCAAUUGGCCUAGCGGACAAUGGCGAGCAACACUAA